AUGUCAACGCUGCCACUUUGCAAACAAAUCCUUGAUGUACUCAAAAUUAAAGAUGAGGUGGUGUCCGAUUUUAUUAUAGACAUCUUUGAAAAGUCCACUGGUCAAGACAUACAAUUUUUUAUAAAAGAAUUGAAUUCCCUGGAUAUAGAUAAACCAACAAGUAUGAAAUUAUAUUACAUAAUUAAAAAUUAUUAUAACUCAACCCAACACAAGCAACUGAAACAAACCAGCCUAAUCGUUAUUCUUAAAAAAGUGUUUAAAAAUAGUAAUGAAAUCGGACCAGCCGAUUUAGAAACCAUGAGUAACUUCAUAUAUGACAUAUAUGCUAAAAUGGAAAGGAGCAAUGAAAACGGCGAUAUAAGUUUGUUUGCUGAAAAAUUAAGACAAUUUGGAUUAAGUGAUGCAAUAAUAUCGGAUAUAUAUCAGAUUCUAACAUCCAAUAAUAAAGGUUCCUUUACUGAAAUCAAAGAAAAUAAAAAUAACCACUCUUCUACUGCUAUGUUACUAAAAAAUACAAAUAGCGCUGCUGUUAAGAUAGCAAACGGUGUUCAGGACUUGUCACCAAUUUUAAACAAUGUUUACAAAGGGAUUAUCAAAGCACGAACAAAAUUUGGUUAUUUCAUUGAAAUAUUAGGGACUAGAGAGGAAAAUGUUGAAGGUUUAUGUCAUAAUAAUGAAAUAUCUGUAUCUUCUUCAACUUCACAAGACCUCAGAAUUAAUGAGCCAGUGUAUGUCCAAAUUAUCAAAUUACAAAAUAAUGGCAAAAUAUCUUUAAGUAUGAAGAAUGUUAACCAAAAAACAGGGGAGCUUAUCGAGAUCGACAAUUUCAAUAAUGUCGAUAAUUUAAAAAGGGGCCGAGCUCUUAACCGCACAAGUACCAAUGUUUAUGGCGAGAAAGCCCAUGUAAAUAAUGAAGCUCCUAGAAGGACAUUAACAUCGCCUGAACGAUGGGAAAUUAGGCAAUUAAUUUCUAGUGGUGUAUCCAAACUUGAAGAUUACCCUGAAUAUCAAGAAUACUUGAAAAUGGAAAAGAGGAAACAAAGUUUAUCAACUGCUACCAUCAAUGCUAAAAGAUCAACUAAUGAGCAUGGUCAGAUUAAUAAAGCCAGUUCUAAGCUAUCUCGUAGCUAUCAGGAAGAGGAAAUGCCUGAGGAAGAAGAUAUGGAUAUUAUAAUGAAUAAGAAUGGGAAACCAAAAUUUCUCAAGGCAAGUAAAGACUUAAAAGUUGGUAAUAACGCUGGUUAUAAACAAGCUAUGACAAAGCUAGUUAAAGUUCCAAGAGGUUCCUUAAAUAGAAAUGCAAUUAAUGGAUCGAGGUUAAUGAAUGAGCACAGAGAUGAAAAGUUUAAUAAAAGAAAGGAAGUGGAGUCUGAAGUUAUCAGGGGAAGAAAUUUACACGACCCAGCUUCUAAUAAUAAUAACAACAAUAUCAGUAGUAAUAAUAAUAAUAAUAAUGUACGUUUACAACCAGUAUCUAUGAAGGAAUCUAGGCAAGAAUUUAAGAGGAAGCAGCUGGCAUUGACUGCUUGGGAAAGAAAACGGUUAAAAGAACAUAUAGAGUAUGGGAGACAUACAAAUUUAAGUAUACAAGAACAAAGGAAAAGUUUACCCGUCUAUAAGAUGAGACAAGAACUAAUAAAGUCCAUAAUAGAAAAUCAAUUUUUAAUUAUUAUUGGUGAAACAGGUUCUGGUAAAACUACACAAAUAACACAGUAUUUAUAUGAAGACGGGUUCGCCGUUAAUGGUAAAGUGAUAGGUUGUACUCAACCUCGUAGAGUUGCUGCCAUAUCUGUGGCUAAAAGAGUAGCUGAAGAAAUGGAUUGUUUUGUUGGUGAAGAAGUUGGCUACACCAUCAGGUUCGAAGAUGAGACCAGCAAUAGAACACGAAUAAAAUAUAUGACCGAUGGUAUGUUGCAGAGGGAGGCUACAAUAGAUCCUUUGUUGCAAAAUUAUUCUGUUAUAUUACUAGAUGAAGCGCAUGAGAGAACUGUUGCCACAGACGUCUUAUUUGCUUUAUUAAAAAGAGCCGCUAAAGAAAGACCCCAUGAUUUGAAAAUUAUUAUCACAUCAGCUACAUUAGACUCGGAAAAGUUUUCCAAUUAUUUUAAUGAUUGUCCCAUUGUAAAAAUUCCAGGUAAAACUUUCCCUGUGGAGGUGAUGUACUCUAAAACCCCACAAAUAGAUUACAUCGAAAGUUCCUUGGAUACAGUAAUGAACAUUCACAUCAAUGAACCUGAGGGCGACAUAUUGGUAUUUUUGACUGGGCAAGAGGAGAUCGAUACUUGUUGUGAAAUACUCUAUGAACGUUUUACCAAGCUAGAAGCCGUUCUAGAUAAAAAACUAAUAAUCUUACCAGUCUAUUCUGCACUACCUAAUGAAAUACAGAGUAAAAUUUUUGAGCCGACACCUCCGGGCUCAAGAAAGGUAAUUUUUGCUACAAACAUUGCAGAAACCUCCAUCACAAUAGAUGGGAUUUAUUACGUUGUUGAUCCAGGAUUUUCUAAAAUCAAUACUUAUAACCCCAGAAUAGGUAUGGAACAGUUGAUCGUUACCCCAAUCUCACAAGCACAAGCCAACCAAAGAAAGGGUAGGGCUGGUAGGACUGGGCCUGGAAAAUGCUAUAGAUUAUACACCGAAACCGCAUUUUACAAUGAAAUGUUGCCUACGGCUAUUCCUGAAAUACAAAGACAAAAUUUAUCUAACACUGUUUUAAUGUUAAAAACUAUUGGUAUUGAUGACUUGAUCAAUUUUGAAUUUAUGGAUCCACCACCUAAAACUGCGAUAAUUUAUGCAUUGGAAGAGUUGUAUCAUCUACAGGCACUAGAUGAAAAGGGCGGGUUGACAGAACUAGGUCAUAAAAUGGCACAAUUCCCCAUGGAUCCUGAACUAUCUAGAAGUUUAUUAGCAUCCGCAAUGGUCUAUAAUUGCAGCGAAGAAAUUAUGAUUAUUAUAUCCAUGCUUUCUGUCCAAAAUAUAUUUUACAGACCCAAGGAUCACAAGUCUGAGGCAGAUAGGAAAAGAGCACAAUUUGUGCAUGUCUACGGCGACCAUUUAACUUUAUUGAAUGUGUAUAGAAAGUGGAGACUAAACUUGCAUAUAUCUAAAAAAUGGUGCAAUGAUAAUUAUCUACAUGAAAGACACUUGAAAAGAGCGCAUGAUGUAUAUUUGCAACUUUUGAAAAUUUUCCACAAGUUGAAUCUAUCUGUCAUAAGUUGUGGUGGACAGGUGGACAAUAUCAGAAGAUCUUUAGUGGCAGGAUUUUUUAGAAAUUGUUCUAAAAGGGCGGAUGGCUCAACUUAUAAGACUAUUGUUGAUAACACUGAAGUUGCCAUUCAUCCAACUAGUACGUUGUUUGGGAAAGAAUAUGAAUAUCUUUUAUAUAAUAAUCUAAUGAUGACCACGAGAGAGUAUAUGUCGAUUAUUACCGUAAUAGAACCUAAAUGGUUAUUAGAAUGUGCACCACAUUUUUAUAAAGCUGCUGAUGAGAGAAGUAAAAAGAGAGUUAAGAUUGAGCCAUUGAGGGGCAUGUUUGGUGGUAAAGAUAAAAGGAUAGAUGACCGUUGGAGAUUAACUUCUAAAUUGAAAAGUAAGGGAGACGUAUUGGGUCAUAAACAAAGAAAGUAG